ACGGUGUAUGAUCACGACACGUUCACCAAAGACGACAAGAUGGGAGAUGCAGAAUUUAUUAUUAAGCCGUUCGUUAAUGCAGUGAAGAUGCAAUUACAUGAUCUCCCAUCUGGGACCAUUGUGACCACGGUCCAGCCGAGCCGAGACAAUUGCCUUGCCGAGGAGUCUCGGGUUAUAUGGUCUGACGGUAAGCUCAUUCAAGAUUUGGUCCUUAGACUAAGACAUGUCGAGUGCGGUGAGAUUGAGGCUCAGCUUCAAUGGAUUGAUCUUCCUGGCUCUAAGGGUCUAUGA